UAAGGCCCAAGUUUUUUUUUAAUGAAAUCCGCCCAAACUGAAAGUCACCAUCGACCAUUUCCCCCUCAUCCCGUCCCCAAUAGCUACCGUAGUCCCGUAGGAGCCGACCGCCCGUCCAUCACCGUCAACGGCGUAGUUCUCCGCCGACCGUACCUCCCGCGGCCCGCCGUCUCUCCCAGCCUGCAGGCACGCCACCGUCAACUUUUAAGUCUCAUAUUUCAACUGAAGCCUUCACUUGAAUUACGUAUAAUGGGUUGGAAAGCUGCUCAGAAAUUAAUACAUCACUGGAAGAUUCUCAGAGGUGACAAUGUUAUGAUUAUUAGAGGCAAAGACAAAGGUGCGACUGGAAUCAUUAAGCGUGUAAUACGUUCACAGAAUCGUGUUAUUGUUGAGGGGAAAAACCUGGUUAAGAAGCAUAUUAAACAAGGACAAGGCCAUGAAGGAGGAAUAUUUACAGUUGAAGCUCCAUUGCAUGUCUCUAAUGUGCAGGUUCUAGAUCCAGUGACAGAGCGACCAUGCAAAGUUGGAAUCAGGUACUUGGAAGAUGGUACUAAAGUAAGAGUUUCUAGAGGUAUUGGAGCAUCAUGCUCUAUUAUUCCACGUCCUGAGAUCUUGAAGAUAAGGACUACGCCAAGACCAUCAGUUGCUGGUCCCAAGGACACUCCAUUGGAAGAUGUCAUGGAAAGGACAUAUAACCCGAAAACUGGGAGAGGCAUGCCCGAUCUUUAAAAAAUGCUACUAUGCUUGGUUUCAUCUUCACAGCUUUGGAUGCAGUGAAGUAGUAAGAGAGAAUGACACAAGUUGGAGCUUUUGUUUUUGACGUAAAGUUGGAGCUUAGAUAACCAUUGCAGCAUGUAUUGGUGGUUUCUGUGACAAUAAUUUGGAAGUAUGAGAUGUUUCAUAAACAUAAUUGCAAAUGCGCCACUUCUGCCUCUCA